AUGGUGAUGUCAAAGAGAAUUCUUAAUGAGAAGUUUCUUAUCCAGUGGUUUGGUAAGGCAAACAAUGAUGACCGUCCUUGUAAAAUCCGUAGAAUCUUUAGAGAAGAUCCGUAUUUAAGUGCAUACCAACUAACUGAAGAUCGUAAUUCUUUCGGAUUAACUUGUCGUCAGUGGCUGCAUAUUCAGAACAACAAUCGUGAACACUUAUGGUUUCUAUAUCCGAAAAACAAGUGUGCUGCUACAACUAAGCCAUCAAUUCAUCCUGAAAGCUUUCAUGUUGUGUUUUGUAAAUUGCUGCAAUGUAACAGGUACUGGCUUUCUAGGGUGUGCACAAACUCUAAGAAAUCUUACAGCAGGCGGGUGCAAACUCUAAGUCUUUUACCACUCGAUGAAUUGCCCAAUGCUGGAGAAGGAUCUACUGACACGGAAGCAGUUCUGAAGAUUUCGGAAGGUUGCCCUUUAUUAAAGAAGCUCAUGCUACCAAAUUGUGAGGACGUAGAGUUAGAAGGAUGGGAAGCUAUUAGUUGGAAUUGCAAGAAUUUGGAACAUCUUACAGUGAGCGGGUGCCAAAAUCUAUCUAUUGGUAGUCUGCUUGUCGAUAAUAUGAAGCACGGACACUUCAAAACCGGUGACGUAUCCGUGUCGGACGCGCUCGCUCUCGCUCAAAAGCAGCAAGUUUCCUCUCACGGAGAGCAGCCUGCAGGAAAAUCACUCACGACUAUAGAGCAGCCUGCAGCUGCUGUCGAAAGGAUCAAAGAAUCAGAGGAGAAACUUGCUGCUGUUGGCGAAAGCGAGUUGGAACAAUUGAGUGCUGACACAACCUUAACCAAUCUUGAAGCAAAAGGAUGCAGAUUUAUACCAGAGGGGUUUCGCGCAAUUGUUAGUUGUGGUGGGCUUAAAUGUCUACGUUUCUCAACAAUUAAUACUGAAGCAGUUAGGAUACUUUCGAAAGGUUGUCCUUUACUAAAGAACCUUAAUUUGUCAAAUUGUGAGGAUAUGGGGCUACAAGGGUCGGAAGCUAUUGGCAGGAAUUACAAGAACUUGGAACACUCAGGUGCAGAAAGUUAUGUGAUCUCGGGUUGCAAGCUUUGGGCAACGGGUGUGACAAGCUUUCCGAAUUUUUUGUAG